AUGACUCGAGCCGUGCUGAACAUCCUCGCCGUUUUUAUUCUCCUUCUGUCCGGAUGCUGCGACGCAAACCGCAAACUCCUGGUGUUUCUGAUCGAUGGCUUCCGUUAUGAUUACAUGGACGAUUUACAGAACUUGGCCGGAUUUAGAGAAAUCGUGGACAACGGUGUGAAAGUGGAUUACAUGACUCCAGAUUUCCCCAGUCUGUCCUAUCCGAACUAUUACUCUCUAAUGACAGCAAACAGGAGCAAUAAAGCAGACAUGGCUGGUAUUUAUUACGAGAAGAUUGAUGUGGAAGGACAUCACUUUGGGCCACGCUCUCCGGAAAUACAGCGCGCUAUUCGCUCACUGGACCAGGCUUUCCAGAUCCUCAACCAGAAAAUCAAGGAGAAGAAUAUGAGAGAUGAAAUAAACGUGGUCCUGUUCUCUGAUCAUGGCAUGACGGACCUCAAGUGGAUGGAGAAAGUCAUUGAACUGGACAAGUACAUUGACUUGUCGCACAUCAUUAAAAUGAUGGACAGGGGGCCGGUGGUCAGUCUGUGGCCCAAACAGGACAAGUUUGAAGAGAUAUAUCAAAACCUGAGCACAGUGGACAACAUGAAUGUUUAUAAGAAACAAGAGAUCCCAGACCGCUUCCACUACAAGAAUGGGAGGUUCGUCUCGACGCUGACGCUCAUCGCAGAGCCCGGAUGGUUUAUCACCGAGAAUAAAGCCAAACUGCCCUUCUGGAAUAACAGCACGGAGGAGGCGGGGGGCUGGCAACACGGAUGGCAUGGUUAUGAUAAUGAGUUUAUGGACAUGAGGGGAUUCUUUUUGGCACAGGGACCUGACUUCAAGAUGAACUUCCGCGCUGGUCCCAUCCGAACAGUAGAUGUGUAUAAUGUUUUGUGCAAGACGCUGGGGAUCGAACCCCUGCCCAACAACGGCUCGUGGUCUCGUGUGGAGUGUAUGAUGAGGAGCUCGGCCGGUGCUGUACGAGCCGCUCUGAUCUACAGCUGCCUGCCCCCACUGCUGCUGCUGCUGCUGCUGCUGCUGCUGCCGCGCUAGAAUACUCCACCACUGCAUCUCACAUCUCACAAACACUAUAUCAGACGGAAGACUGCAAGAUCGCAAAUAUGAAACACAUAUUUUAUGCCUUAGUGUGUGCCAUGGCGUCAGAUAAAUGCCAAGAAAAACAUUUUUAUCAGCUUUUUGCUGCACUGCCUCUACUUUUGAGUUGUAAGUAUUAUUAAAUGCUGAUGAAAGUAUGUUGGUGUUGGAUAAACCAAUUUGCACAUUUCACUGAAAGAUUAAUAUUUUAGAUUUUUAUUUUAAGAUAUGAUCUUUUAUUAUAUCAUUUUCUCCAUGUUCUCCAUCUGUUUUCUGUUGUUUUGUGAAUGGUCUCUGUACAUUACUCAGUUUUGAUAACACAUAAGAGCAUUUUUUUUUCCUGAUUACUAUAAAAUU